UCCAGUCAACAUGAAGGCUUUUCUGAUUCUGGGGCUUCUUCUCCUUUCUGUCACAGUCCAGGGCAAGGUCUAUGGAAGGUGUGAGUUGGCCAGAACUCUAAAAAGACUUGGAAUGGAUGGCUACCGCGGAAUCAGCUUGGCAAACUGGGUGUGUUUGGCCAAAUGGGAGAGUAGUUACAACACCAGAGCUACAAACUACAACCCUGGAAGCAGAAGUACUGACUAUGGGAUAUUCCAGAUCAAUAGCCGCUACUGGUGUAAUGAUGGCAAAACCCCAAGAGCAGUUAAUGCCUGUGGUAUAUCCUGCAGCGCUCUGUUGCAAGAUGACAUCUCUCAAGCUGUAGCUUGUGCAAAGAGGGUUGUCCGUGACCCACAAGGCAUUAGAGCAUGGGUGGCAUGGAGAAAUCGUUGUCAAAAUCGCAACCUCUCUCAGUACAUUCAGGGCUGUGGAGUGUAA